AUGGGAGACAACAACAGCGGCGCCGCCAACGUCUACCGCGAGAUUGGACCCCGGGCCGGAUUGGCCUGCGGCGCUUUGGACAUCGUCAAGGGCAGCCUGGCCGUAGUCCUGGUUGGCGUAAUUGCCCGCGACAGCGGGAUCCAGAUGCUCGCCGGCAUCUGCGCGUUCGCAGGACACGUCUGGCCGGUGUUCCUGCGGUUCAAGGGCGGUCGCGGGGCGGCUGUGGCCGUCGGCGUUCUGUUUGCCACUGUACCGGCAAUUGCUCUGCCCCUUGGCGCGCUGUCCCUGGUUGCCCUCUUUCACACAAGAAAGUCUAUGGUCGCCCUUUUCAUGUUUCUUGCCGGUGUCCCGAUCCUGAGUUGGGUGGCCGUUUUGACCGUUGACCUUUCGGCCGCCAAAGCCGGCUACGUCCUCGCCAUGCCGGUGAUGGCUGGACUGAGUCAUAUCUACUCGACGCUGGUGUUGCCGAAAUUUGGCGCCACCGCAUCCUGA